AUGCAUCCAUCAGGUCCUUUCUUUACCUUAAAAGAUAAAGAGUACCAACAAGCGCUAGCAUUAUAUCCUGAGCUAGAUGACGAUGUUGAAGAUGUUGCUUAUGUUAAAAAGACUGCCACCGGAUCUAUUAAUGUCGGCUACGACUCAUAUUUUGAUAACUCAACGAUUCUUGCACAAUUCGAACGCCUAUUUAAACUAUUACAAUUUAAGAGUGAAUUUAAAAACCAUAAUAUUGAAGUUAUAGUUGAUAAUGCUACAACUCAUACAGCAAAACCCUAUUCAUUAUCAGAUUUCGGUAAAUCUAUCGGUACUAGGUGCACAACUGAUACUAUUGAAUACAUUGAUUCACAAGGUCAACUACAAGUUAUAGAUUGCUUUUUCAAAAGUGGUCCUAAUAGUGGUUUAUCUAAAGGUUUGCUCGAAAUUAGCAGAGAGCUUAAUGUUAAAUUACCACCAAAAGUAAAACUUGAUCAAUUAAGAGAAAUUUUAGCGAACCAUCCUGCAUUUCAAGUUACAUCUCGUCUUGAACAACUUGCUAAUAAAUAUAACGUUAAGAUACACUUUUUACCCAAGUUUCAUUGCGAACUUAACGCUAUAGAAGACGUUUGA